AUGCUGGAACUCGCCUGGCCUGGAAAGCAACUGUUCGCUGCAGCAUCCAUGGAAGCUGUCAUUUUUGGUUUUCCUCUUCUAAUAGAGGUGUUCUGUUCUCUUCAGCAGGUAACAUCGAAAGGUGCUGGCUUAAACCCUAAUGCAAAAGUGUGGCAAGAAGUCCCCCAAGGGAGUGGAGAGGCCGCGCCAGCAACCAAUGGCGCUGAGCACUCGUGGCAAGAGACAGCGGCUGUGCAAGGGCCUCUGGCCGAGGGUAACCUAGAGAUUUCGGAGGAUAGCUGCAAGCAAUAUGAAGUGAUGUAUUCUCCGUCUUGUGAAGCUACAAGAAAUGGCACAGUGGUUGAUGAGGCUUCUGCAAAUGGAAUGGUCCUAGCGACUGAAGACCUUGGCUACCAAAUCUAUGAAGUUUCUGGUGAAGGCAGCUCUGCUGUGUCCGCAGAAGACAUUAGAGAAUGUUUGAAAAAACAGCUUGAAUUCUGCUUCUCACGGGAGAAUCUCUCAAAGGAUCUCUAUCUGAUGUCUCAGAUGGAUAGUGAUCAGUUUGUUCCAAUAUGGACAAUUGCCAACAUGGAAGGUAUUAAGAAGCUGACAACGGAUAUGGAUCUCAUUCUUGAAGUUUUGAGAUCUUCUCCUAUGGUACAAGUGGAUGAGAGAGGGGAGAAAGUCAGACCAAACCACAAACGAUGUAUUAUUAUUCUUCGUGAAAUCCCUGAAACGACACCUGUAGAGGAGGUGAAGGCUCUGUUUAAAAAUGAAAACUGCCCCAAAGUGAUAAGCUGUGAGUUUGCUCACAACAACAACUGGUACGUUACAUUCCAGUCGGAUACAGACGCGCAACAGGCAUUUAAAUACUUAAGGGAAGAAGUGAAAACCUUUCAGGGCAAGCCAGUAAUGGCAAGGAUAAAAGCCAUCAACACAUUUUUUGCUAAGAAUGGCUACCGGGUAGUGGAUUCUAGUGUCUAUACUCAGCCAGUCCAAACGCAAGCACAGUUUGCCUCACCACUCUUUAUGCAGCCUGUAUAUAGUCCUCAGCAGUACUCUAUUUACAGCAUCGUGCCUCAGACGUGGUCUCCAAGCCCUGCACCUUACUUCGAAACCCCCCUGGCCCCCUUUCCUAACGGUGGAUUUAUGAAUGGCUUUAAUACACCAGGAUCAUAUAAAACAAAUGCUGCUUCUUUGAGUAUAGGUCGCCCAUUCCAUAGAAAUCGCGUGAAGCCUCACUUCCGACCGUCCAACAGCUCGGAGCACGCGGCGGAGGGGCCGACCGCGGCCAGCACCGUGGCCAUGGCGGAAGGACCACUGAACAGAAGCAGCUCAAGGAAUUUUGUUAUGGAGCGGCAUAACAGCACGUUGACAGGGCACCAAGAUCAAGGCUAUUCCCAGAAGGACUCUCCUAUGGCGCAGAUGGAACAGAAUGGAGAUUAUGGCAUUGGCAGGGGCAGGAGGAAUGUUUUCAGAGGUCGGAGGAGACGGGAAGAUGAUCGUAUUUUAAGGCCUCAGCCUUCAGCAGAAACAAAGACUCAGACACCAAAGUUUGACUUGCUAGCAUCAAAUUUCCCACCCUUGCCUGGCAGCACAGCAAAAACACCAGGAGAGCCUGUCCUGGAGAGCAGGAUGUCUGACAUUGUUAAAGGCAUCUGCAAAGAAAAGGAAAGCAAAGAUUUGCUGUCCAGCUCUCCAGCCCCUGCUCAGGAAGAACAGAUGCCCAGCCCUGCCCAGCAGCCUGUCGCAAGCACGAGUUCACCGAGUCACACUGAAGCCGUGGUGUUAAGCACAGUUCAGCCAGAUAGCAAGCCCGAAGAAGUAUCUGCUCAGAAAGAUGUCCUGAGCCACUCUUCGCCAGCGGUGUCUGCCUGUCCGGUGAGCACUGCAAAGCUGCCAAGGACAAAUGCCACUUCAUCCUCUACUAAUGCGAGCGCAGCACCCGCUGUGCUGAUGCAGGAGCCACGUAAGCUCAGCUAUGCUGAAGUCUGCCAGAAGCCCCCAAAGGAGCCUCCUCCAGUUCCUGUUCAGCCUCUUAGGGAGCUUCGCACCAACGUAGUUUCCCCCGCCAAAAAUGAAGAAAAUGGUACACCCGAAAAGGCUGCAGAGAAGACUUCCGAAAAGGCUCAAGACAAGGUGGAAGGUCGGAUGAAGGAUUACUCUGGGUUCCGGGGCAAUGGGCCUCCCAGGGGAGCUGCUGGGAAAAUCAGGGAACAGAGGCGCCAGUUUGGACGCAGAUCUUCGCCUCAGGGAGCACCUCGACGUGUCGGCAAGGAGCAGUACGUGCCACCCCGGUCACCAAAGUAACGCGGGUCCAGGCAAAUAUUCUCUAUUUAAUUUGAGCUGUGGACUAAUGAGCAGCAAAGGAGACUGUGAGAGAGAAGUAUUCAUGAAGGGGAAUACUGAACCGAAGUGUGGCCUGUAGGGAGAAGUGGAGGGUCCCAAAAUUCAUCUCUAAAAGUGAUUUCACAAAUGCUGGAGGAUUCCAAUCACUAUAAAUAUAGAGAUUAUAAUUUUUGUAUUUUUGUUUUUAAUUUGCAGAGGGUUUCCUGCUUGAAAUCAGUUUUGGGGUUUUAAAGCUAGCAUUUUGACAAGGUGAAAAAAUAAGAAUUGACAAAUUAACAUGCCCCUCAAUGUGGGAGGAAGAGGCUAAGAGAAUAUUAUUUUUGAAAAAUAAGCAUUUCUGUAAAAUUAGAACUUUUUUAACCUAUUUAACAUUUGGCUUGUAGGAUGAUGUCUGCCAUGAAUGGCCUUGCAUUGCAGAGCACAUCUGCAGCUGAGGUGUUUGGCCAGCGUGUUAGUUGAAUGAGUGCAGCCAGAUACUGUCAUGAUUUAGUCACUGAUGAUAAAACUGAAUGUACUACUGUAAUAAACUCUGUGUUUCCAGAUUGAAGUAUAGUCUCUUGAGCUUACAGACUCAUUCAGCAAGCUUUUAAACUACAAUAUUUACAGGAGACUGGAUUGCAAAUCAGAGCACAUGGACAGCAGAAAAUGUCUCUAGACACAGUUGGAAGGAGGUGGAAGGGAGCAUGCCAGUUUUUAAGUUGUCAUUU